ACACACACACAGCGGACUCAGCCGUGUCAGCUAGCCAGUCAGUCUAUUUGAAGUAGCUGAGCUUACUCUGCUUUUUCAAGCCUUAUCAAACCCAACGAGAACAGAGUUCAUCAUGAUGAAAUUCAUCGCACUGUCUACUCUCGUAGCGAUCGCUGCUGCCGGUCACCAUGGAGCGUCCUCGUCGAACUACCGUAAACAGGACGAUUUCGGCAACUACGCUUUUGGUUACGACAUCAAGGACGACUGGGGAAAUGUCAACGGCCGUUCGGAAAAAGGCUCUUACGGCCACGUUGUUGGAUCAUACUAUCUUGGCGAGAUUGACGGGCGUCACCGUUCCGUUGAGUAUGUCGCUGAUAAGCUUGGAUUCCGCGCUGCAGUAAAAACUAACGAACCCGGAACCAAGACUUCGGAACCUGCUUUUGCUCCCCUUACCUCGGCCUUUGGCAAGACAAUUCCGUCCGGUUCGAUCCAAGCCGCUCCCGUGAAGGUCGCUGCUUCCUACGCUGCCCCCGCUUAUGCGCCCCUCGCAGCCCACGCCUCGUAUGGUGCCCCUGCCUACGCGGCUUAUGCUGCACCCGCCUACGGAUACGAACAUGGACAGGCUUACGGAUACGGCCAGGGACAUUAUUAAUUUAUUAAAAUAAUAAGAUUAAUUAACUCUAAAUAAUUGAUUUUAUUCAGGUUGAAAUAGAAACAGAGAGAAGCGAUAAAGAAGUACGUUGACAUGCUGAAUAGGUAGCAACAACAGACAGGCAAAGUGUCUGUCUAUGGAUCCGCAUGUGCUGAAAUUUGUUGCGCUACUCCUGCUUUGAGGGUUCUACGAGUAAGGUUAACGGGGUCCAGCUAAAAAGCUUAACGCUUUAAGGAAAAACAGACUUCGAACGUUCUGUAGUAGAAACAUGAACGAGUGGCAUUAGUUAUGGUGGACAAAAAUCGGAUAUGACCCCCUUUCUACCCCCGCUAAUCGCUAAUUAUAAACGGUUGAUUAUAUCCUUGGAAUACGCGCAAUGGCUAAGAUGCGUUCUUUUUUUUCUACUACAUUUGUUACAGCCUGCCAUGCAAGCCUCGGACAUUUAUGACAACGUUAGGUUCAUUAAUAUGUUCGAAUCUCUUAACUUUUUUUCCUUCCCUUUCUUAUAUCGAUAACUUCAUUCCUUGUUUUUUUCGCCGCCAGAAAUCGAACAGAACAUACUUUGUUUUAAUAUGAACCCAUAACUUACAAUGAUGUCAUCAUUCUCAUCGAUUGUGACGCACUGCCCCUCAAGGAUAACUCUACUUUCCUUAGGUUUGUAUUCUAUUAAUGAUUGACGGUUUCAGCUUGCCGAAAUCUUUGUUACCCGUGCACUUAGCUUUUCGGUCCUCAUUUUCUUUGAGCAGCGUUAGCACAAUAAUACGUUCCGCCAUAAAAAGCACUGCUACAUGAUAUCAAAAAAAAAUUAACUGAAUCAGGCGAUGAUCAGCAGCGGUUUUCUCUACACGCUUGUUUGCUCAGCCGCAUUUUACUAGAUUCUAAACAAGUUAAUGUUUCCCAUCGUGCCGUACGGGGGGGACAUACCAGCAAUUGUUAUUGAUAGAAAAAAACGUAUGGUAAACAAAUAAUAGCAAUACAGGUAAGAAUAUGUAAUAGGGAGUAAACCGAAAGUAAGACAAGACAGGGAAGCAAAAUGUUGAACCAAACGUAAAUUUUCUAUUCCACAAGAAAAGCCUUAUGCCAAAUCACUAGAAGGUCAAAAAGGUCAGUUUGGAAGUUGUCAGGUCUAGAUUUACAGAUCGGCAACGGCCAAGUCUUGAGCCUGUUUUCGGCCUGGCCAAGAUACGAGUAUUUAUUCAGCAAAGCAAUUGAGCAAAGUCGAGUUGCGUACCCUUGUGUUGAUGGGUGGUGUUUGUAAAUAAACGGAGAAAACAUGCUUAACGUAAGGACUGCCAGUCUAUAACUAUCGUGUACAUAAUGCUAACGGUGAUGAUAACAUUAAUAAAAAUUUCAUUUCUUCUGCAAAA